AUGGGAUCCGUGGAUGAGGUUUUUAAGCUGCUCAACAAGCAAGCCCUGGUUGAGGUUGUAUCUUCACUUGCUGGCACUCCAGCCUGUCAGCUAGAUAAUAACAGUUCACCCAUCACUGGGCCAGGUUACGUCAUCUUCAUAAUCAGCUUUCACGAGAAGGAUGAGCGAUGGGCUGCAAGGAUACCGUUGAACCAGGAUGAUUCCUUCUUGGAGAUUUGUACUAGACCAAUUCAACUCGCUCACUGGUCUCCAAAUAGUCCUGCCCCUCGAAUACACGGGUAUUUUGACUGCGGCUCUCGCGGCUACAACCCUGUCGGAGUUGGUUACAUGUUACUAGAUUGGAUUGAAGGCUCCCCCAUGACACCAUGGGAUCAAUCAACUCCUGCCUCCCCGUAUCGGCAGAAAGUCUUAGACCAAAUCACCGAUCUAAUACUCAACAUGAUUCUUGAAUGUCCGUUGGAUGACCAAACCCUGUUCUACGGGGUACCCGACGGGACACCAAAGGGUGUACAGGUAUCAACCAGCGUCUGGCUCACCGAGAGCGUGGACAGAGGUAUAGUCGUACGCUUCGUCGACAUGACUAUUCCACUGCAAUUGACUACCUGA